CCGCUGCCGCUCCUGCUCCGGCUCGGGCCGCACGUGCAGCCCCUUUCCGGCCCUGGUGCCCGGGGUCGCCGGAGGCCCUGGCUGGGUACCUGCCAUGGCGGCGGCUGCGGCGGAGGCGCGCGUGUUCCUGGAGGUGCGGAGACGGCUGCACAGCGCGCUGCUGAUUCUGGGCGAUCCAAACGAAGGAGGUCUGCCCAUGGAUGUCUGCGUAACGCCGACCUCGCUCCAGUUGAAAAGCCCGGGCGGCUGCACGGAGCUCUGGCUGCCAGCAGGGGUCAGGCUUGUCCCGUCCUCCUGCCGCGGGCUGCAGCACGUGGCCGGGGACGGGCUGCACCUGCGGCUGCAGGCGCGGGCGGAAUUCUGCCCAAACCUGAUCUCAGUGUUUAAUCAAAGCUCCCAAGCCCAAGGAUGUUGCACGUUUUAUUGCCAGUCCUGCGGUGAGAUCAUCAUAAGGAACAGGAAGCUCCUGAGGGUGCUGUCCCUGCCACACGAAAACUGGGGUGCUCUGGUUGACGAGUGGUGUUGUCACCCUAACCCCUUUGCUAAUAAGCCUCUUCAUCCACAAGAGAAUGACUGUUUCACUGGAGACUGUUUCUUCUUGGUGAAUUUAAGACAUGAUUUACAGCAGCCGAGACCUGAAGUAGCCCCAGUGGAGACACGCUGUCUUUCUUCUGAGAACCAUUUAAAAAUGAAACCAAAGGCAAAUACCAAAGUAAUUUGUAAGCGUUGCAAGGUAAUGUUGGGAGAGACUGUGUCAUCAGAAACCACUAAGUUUUAUAUGACAGAGAUAAUUAUUCAGCCAUCUGAAAGAAAUUUUCCCAUCAUACCAAGGUCUCAGUUUGUACAGAGCGUUAUUGCCCAGUGCCUGGUGGAACUCUCCUCCGCUAGAAGCACUUUUAGAUUCACUCUUCAAGGACAGGACGGCAAAGUGUACAUCUUGCUAUGGCUUUUAAACUCAGACAGUUUGGUGAUUGAAGCUUUGGAAAGUUCCACAAGUAUCAAAAAAUUCCCUCUGUUGGAAGACUUAUUGAAGGCCGAUUCCAGUUCUUCCUGGAAUGCUGUCAAGGUCCUCUACCAGCCAUGCAUCAAAAGCAGGAAUGCAGAGCUCGCCAGCUCGUGGGAAAGUGACAUCAGUGUCCACUGCCUCACCCUGCCCUCUGCAACCUGCUUGGAGCUGCUGUUGAUAUUGUCAAGGAGUAAUGCCACGUUGCCUCCCUCCCUCCGCUGCAUGAAUUCUUUCCAGCUCCAAGGUCUGCCCACUGCGCCCGGCCAUCCGAACUGUGUGGAUGGGAUUUUCCAGGCCAUAGAGCCCCAGAACCGAGGCUUCUUUUUCUUAUCCAGGCUUCUUCUGCUUUCGGUUUCAACUUCUGUUUCUGACUCUGAUCCUGGUCCAUUGAAACAUGUGUGGCUUAGGAAUUUUCCAGUGGUUUGGCGUUUGCAUGUAUUUUACUUGUGGCCUUUUUGAAGAUGUAACUGCGGGAGCUGACACAUUCCUCUCCACAGCACGGGGCGCUCCGGCAGCCAGCCGUCGGCCCAGUGGGCAACAAUUACAGAGACAAGAACCCGGCUACGGAGAACAGGGCAUUGCAGUUUUGAGUUUACUUGCCUGCAUAUAUUCGCUAAGAGAAGAGAUAACUUGAAAUCUCUGAAAAGCCAAGGCUGUGAAGAAAGUCAUAGUAGCAGGUUGAGAGAUAAGUGUAGAAUUUACGUCUCUAUUUCCCACCGAGAGGAAUAUUCAAAUAUAUGCUGUGUCAGCACCACCUGGAGAGAGAGAGCUGGUGGAGACCCAUCUGUCCUGUGCAGGAUGCAGCAAGGGGCGUCACUGGUGGAACUGAAUGUUAGCUGCUGCAAAUCGUAGGACAUAAACUUUCAGAGAACUUCGCAGGCUCGUAUAAAAACAUUUUUUUAAAAGAAAAUAUGGAAUUUUGUAUACCUUAUUCAGAGGAGAUGCUCAGUAAAUAAAUGUUCGUUGAAUGCAUGAUUAUCAAAUUAAAGGGGUUCCCAUCUAUGCAAA